CCGAACCUGCGCCCGGGAGUGGCGCGCAGAGGGCACGGGCGCCCGGAGCAGGCGGCGCAGCACCAGCACUGAGUUAGUGCCGGGAGGCCACUGUGUCAGCAAGCUGAGAGGGAAACUGAGGCAAGAUGUCGGGCCGGAGUGGGAAGAAGAAAAUGUCCAAGCUGUCCCGUUCAGCCAGGGCCGGUGUCAUCUUCCCGGUGGGGAGGCUGAUGCGUUACCUGAAGAAAGGGACGUUCAAGUACCGGAUUAGCGUGGGUGCUCCCGUCUACAUGGCGGCAGUCAUCGAGUACCUGGCAGCGGAAAUUCUAGAAUUGGCUGGGAAUGCCGCGAGAGACAACAAGAAGGCCCGGAUAGCCCCGAGACACAUCCUGCUGGCAGUUGCCAACGACGAGGAGCUCAACCAGCUGUUAAAAGGAGUGACCAUCGCCAGUGGAGGCGUCCUGCCCAGAAUUCACCCUGAACUGCUGGCCAAAAAGCGAGGGACCAAAGGCAAGUCGGAAACUAUCCUCUCUCCUCCCCCAGAGAAAAGAGGAAGGAAGGCCACGUCAGGCAAGAAGGGGGGCAAGAAAUCCAAGGCUGCCAAACCACGGACAUCCAAAAAGUCCAAACCGAAGGACAGCGAUAAGGAAGGAACUUCAAAUUCUACCUCUGAGGAUGGGCCAGGCGAUGGAUUCACCAUCCUGUCUUCAAAGAGCCUUGUUCUAGGGCAGAAGCUCUCCUUGACCCAGAGUGACAUCAGCCAUAUUGGCUCCAUGAGAGUGGAGGGCAUUGUCCACCCAACUACAGCCGAAAUCGACCUCAAGGAAGAUAUAGGGAAGGCCUUGGAAAAGGCUGGGGGGAAGGAGUUCUUGGAAACAGUAAAGGAGCUUCGAAAAUCCCAAGGUCCUUUGGAAGUAGCUGAAGCUGCCGUCAGCCAGUCCAGCGGACUUGCAGCCAAAUUUGUCAUCCACUGUCACAUCCCUCAGUGGGGAUCCGAUAAAUGUGAAGAACAGCUUGAAGAGACCAUCAAAAACUGCCUGUCAGCAGCAGAGGACAAGAAGCUCAAGUCCUUGGCGUUCCCACCCUUCCCCAGCGGCAGAAACUGCUUCCCCAAACAGACAGCAGCCCAGGUGACCCUCAAAGCCAUCUCUGCCCACUUUGAUGACUCGAGCGCGUCCUCGCUGAAGAACGUCUACUUCCUGCUCUUCGACAGCGAGAGCAUCGGCAUCUACGUGCAGGAGAUGGCCAAGCUCGACACCAAGUAGCCACCCCGUGCCCGCGGCUGCACUUGCCAACGGGAAUCGGAGGAGAAGCAGAGUCAGAGAAGCGGGGUUUUAUUUUUUAAAAGGAGAGAGGAAGGGUGACGGCAGGGGAGCGGAGGGUGGCAGAAAGGGAAGCGGGCAGCAGACUCCUGCCCGUGCAAGGACCCUCUGCAUUUUAUAUUCUCGUUAAAAAGAGCCUCAGUCCGUAAUAACCAGGUCUCCACCAGGGGUUCUUUCCAUGUGUUUUCUUUCUGUUGUUUUAGAACUUUUUAAAAAAACAGACUUCGUUUUAGAUUUAUAGCAUUGACUUGUACACACACAUACAGAGAAUCCUUUCAAAACUCUUCAACUCUUCUGUUUCUCCUUUCUGCAAGGAAAGAGGGCAUGAACGGGACUUGGGCUUUGCUGGCUGGCUGUACUCGUGAUGAGAAGAAAAUGGGAAAGGCAUCUCACUGGUGCUUUUCUUUUCUGUUUUAGUGACAACCCCCCUCCCCAAUAUCUGUAACUACUCCUACAAAGGUUUUGCUUCAGGCUUUUUUUUUUGUUUUUUGGGUUUUUUAAAGAAAAAGAAAAUGAAAGAAAAAAAAAUAAAAGAUCCAGUGUCUUUCUUACAA